UAAGGUGUGAAAGAGUUGAGAACAAAGAAAGCAGCUUUUUGGAAAGCUGUGAAUCGAUUCGCUGCUGCAGGUGGAAAUAUAAGGCAGGGUUUCGAGUUUUCGAAACCCUAACCCUAGACGCCGGCUUCCAUGGAGUGUGACAUAGAGAGGGUUUUGUGGAGUCAAGACCAAAUCUCCCGCCGUGUCUCCGACAUCGCCUCUGAGAUUUCUGCUGACUUCCAUGCCCUCUCUUCUCCUCCGGUCUUCCUCGGCGUCGCCACUGGCGCUUUUCUCUUCUUGGCCGACCUCGUCCGCCACCUGUCCUUCCCCCUCACCGUCGAUUUCGUCCGAGCCCAGUCUUACGGCUCUGGUACUGAGUCCAACGGCGCUCCCUCGAUUUCCUUGGACUUGAAGAUUGAUAUCAAGGGCAAGCACGUAAUUGUGGUUGAGGACAUUGUAGACACAGGAAACACUUUGUUCUGUCUCAUUGCACACUUGGAAGCAAAGGGAGCAUCCUCUGUAUCAGUGUGUGCUUUCCUUGAUAAACCAUCAAGAAGAAAAGUUCAGUUUGAGCUAGUGGGUAAAGGGAAGUUUUAUCGAGGUUUUGAGGAAGUCAAAUCAUCUGCUUACUUGAUCAGUGGCAAACAUUUAGAGGCAUAUCUAUGUGAAACACCAUGUGUCCAGAUUAUUUUGUUGUGGGGUAUGGCAUGGACUUCGCAGAACAGUACAGGAACUUGCCUUAUGUGGGGGUCCUAAAGCCUGAAGUGUACAACUGAUUUGUCUCACCUCAGCUGAUGAUUUUGUAUUUUUAAGUGUUGGGAAGAAGGAAAAUUCUUCAGCAAUGCUCACAUCCAGCCUUUUAUUUUAUUUUAUGUUUUGGCAUUUUUAUGUCAGUUUAAAGUAAAUGGCGAAUAAUUGAGAAGGAGAAUGGAAAAUUUUAUGUAUGUAUCCAAGGGUUAUGCAAAUUUUUGUACUAAUUAAUAAAUUCUCCUUUUUUUUUUGUC